AUGCAAUCUCAAUACGAUGGUUCAGACGUCCCACCCACCGCCACUGGUCUUACACCCGAAGCUGUAGCGGGAAUGAUCCAACAGAGCUUGCAGGCUCAAGCAGCUCAAUUCGAAAAUGUUAUCAGUGGUUUAAGAGCUCAACUUGAAGAGUUCAAGGAUCUCAGCGGCCAAUCCUCGCGUCAGAAGAAGUCUACGUCGAACACCACCCCGGACACUUCAUCCAACCGAGACCGUUUGAGAAGUUCAUCCUCUCAAAACCCGUUUACGACUCCCUCACCUGCUGUCAAAGCACCGCGCAAAUCAAAGACCCCGGUACCUUCUAACAAGCCUCCUGCCGCCUCUUCUGAACGCAAACGACAUCCAUUGCAAAUGACAUCAAGACAGAUUCACAAAGAUUACCAAACUACCAAGCUCACGCUUGUCUUGCUUACGUUUGAUGAAUUACAGGACGCACUUUACUUCCACAUCAAGGUCUUAUGGGGCUUAUUCAAGGCCAAUGAUGUCCCUCCCAUCGUCGAUCCCGAACUCUUGAAAGAAUUCUACACACGAUUUUCGUCCGCAGAAGAGGUUGAAUCCGUGGUUGCAGACCCCUCAAGCGCUGAUCUUGUUGCUCAAAACGACAUCAGGACCCUGCGAGACUUGCGUACUGGCAAUAAUCGCACCAAGAUGGGACGCGGAAUGGCCAACCUCGACCAAAUCUAA